GGGUGCGUGUGGGUGUGUGUGUGGGUGUGUGUGUGUGUGUGUGUGUGUGUGUUUUUGUGUGUGUGUGUGUGUGUGUGUGUGUGUUCACUAUGAGGGGUGUCACUAACAGCAUGAGGUGAUGUCAAUCCCCUCGUCUGGACGCGCAAAGAGACGCACCUACAGACUGACCAAAGAAAACAUGGCGGCAGAUCAGAUCCCAGCAACCUCUCAAUCUUUCACUCCGAGGACAGACAGUGUCUUCUCCGACUCGUCCGGCUUCUUCUCCAUGGACACCAAUGUUCCUGGUCUUUCUAAAGUCAUCCUCAACAAACUCAACAUGAAAGAUUAUGGGGAAUACAGGGCAGCAGUAGAGGGCAAACCCAAAGGAAUCUCAUUUCGUAACUACAAGGAGAUGUUCCAAAAGAUGGAGGAGACCUUUAAGUUUUGCACCGGCUGCAACGCGCUCCCAGAGAAUCUGAUCGAGGGCCAGAGUCUCAAACGCUGCAUCAAAUGCCUGAACGUGUAUUACUGCACCAAAGAGUGUCAGAAGAACAAUUGGCCAUUGCACAAAAAGGUGUGUAAGACGCUGCGCCUGGUGGCCAUAGAUCGGCUGGUGGAGUGGCUCAUGUUCCUUGGAGACCUUCCAUUCCCCACUGACAAAUGGACUAAACCCACAAGUGAAGUAAAGUGUUGGGACGACUGGCUCUCCAUGCAGGACGACCUCAGUGCUCGUCUGGACGCCAUCUUGGCCAGUCCCAACAUGGAAACGCUGUGGAAGAACUCCAGCCGCCCCCGCCCCGAAGACCCAGAGUCUGUAUGGCGCAUCCAGAGUGAAUUUCUAUCUCGAGUUCUCACUGUGGGAAUGGCCAUCCAGCAAUUUAGCUUGGACCCCUACGCCAAACCUUUAACCAUUCACAUCAUAGGAGCGUCCCACAAUGAGACUAUGGGGGCCAAACUGACGGACUAUGACGAGCUGAGCCGCAUGUUCCCGGAACACCAGGGCAUAGAGGUGGUGAUGGUGGGGCCGGAGGUGGUGGAUGGGCCCAUAAUGAGGCCCCCGCUGAGGGCGUUUGGUCCCAGGAAGAGGGUGUUCAUGAGCGCACACAAAGGCCUGUACCAUGAGUUCUGGGAGGAUGUGGUGGAGAAGGAGGAGGCCGCCAGACCUGACCUGGUGCUGGGCUUUCAUCCUGGUUUCCAUGCCAACCAGGGUCUGAUCGAAGGCUGGCUGCCGACUCUGCUGCUCCUCAGAGACUACAACGUCCCGACUUUGUUCACCGUCUUCAAUGAGAAUGAGCUGAAGUACUCCCUGGAGAUCCUGUUGGAGUUGGAGAUGAACAUUCAGGACAGUGGAGCAAACCCUUUCAGUUCUCAGAAACCAGAGCAAGUUCAGUCGUCUCCCAACACUAAGCCAGUCUACUGCAGCGCCCACUACAUACGCUUCCAAGGACUGCUGCCCAGAGAGGAGUUUGAAGAACCACAGCCAGAAACUUCAUAAAAGUCUCUCCCCAAUCAGACCGAUUGAGAGACUAGAUUUAAAAUGGACAAAAUGUCUUCUUUUUGUGACGAUGCACCAAAUUCCACAUGGAUGUGACCGGAUCCAAACAUCUUAAUUCUUACUAGUUACAAGUGCAAAUGUGCAGUAAUCCUUUAGUUGACCCUAGAUAGCAAAACUGAACAUUGCAACCAGUUAUUUUUUCUUACAGAUUCUAAUAUUAUUUUAUUUGAAAUUCACAUUUGCAUUCCCUUAAUGUUCAAUUUGAUUAUUAGCCAU